AUGAUAGCCAGUUCAGCUGAACGAUUGAAUAAACGUUCACUUAUAGAUCGAAACCUUCGAAAGGCAAAACAAGACGAAAUACAAAAUCCAUAUAAAAAUCUUCGACAUGACCAAUAUGAGUUUAAGAGAAAUCAACAGUCACUUGGCACCCUUCUACGACUUUUAGCUCGAGAUAUGAAAAAUGAACGAUCUCUUCAAUUGCGUGAAAACGAAACGGAUAUUGUUAUAAGUAUUAGCAAUGAAGCGACAACUUCUGUUAGGCUCAUUUUAUUUUGCAUACGAUCUUCUGGUCAGCCCUAUCUAGUUGAUAGUAAUUUAAUAUUAAUGAAUAAAAAUGAAUUGCUAACAGUACCAUCUGAUACAAAUUACAUGAAAGUUAUCGUCGAAAAAUAUGCAGUUGAUGAGAUGUGGCAUGUUGCUUAUUCUCAUACAACAGAGAAUCCUACUAACUUAUGUUUAGUCGUUACUGGUACGACAUUAGACACAUCUGUCCACGAAUGCACAACGGAAAAAGACUAA